GAGAUGUGGGGUAGGCCUAGAUUUUCUUUUUAAUCUAUUGUUUAACGGUGUUCAUUUUUCCACUUCACUUCUCACAAGUGCCGGUGGUCAUUCAAAUAGCUGAAUGCCGAAAACAAUGAUCAUUGAAUACCUAGCAUAACUAUUGCCGAAAUAAAAGAGCGAAGCUUGUUACCGAUAGUCACCAGUUUUCGUGGACUGUCAACAUGCGCAACAUGGAUAACUCAAACAGUUUUUUGAAACCAAUUCUAAAUGAGUUGACACAACAGUAUAGCAGAAUAUCGGCCGUUUUGAACGAAAUUCAAAGUAGCACGCAGAUGAUUUUCAACUUUGUUGAGGGUUCACGGCGCUACACGCCAUAUCAAUCACAGCGAGUGAAUAUUUCACCGCCGCAGUAUCCGCAAUAUCCGAUGGCUCCGUAUCCAUAUUUUAUACCAACACCGCAAGCGAUAUUCGCGCAGCGCCGAUACGCGAUUCACCCCGUUCACCAUGAAUUAGCGUCAAAUCGUGGUUCACCUCGCGCUCCGUCAUCGACAUCUGCUGAACGUGCCACAUCACCAUCACCAUCACCGUCGCAAGUAUCUACGUUCUACGAUGAAUCCAUCGAUGAAAUAAAUGUUGUUGACUCUGAGCCCGAAGAGAACGGCCAACGUAUCGACUCGGAAGAUUUGCUUAACAUCCCUAACUACCAAUUAGAAGACUCUGAUGAGGAAAAUUCCGUUUCAUGGGUGCAACGUUCUGAGCCGAUUAUCUCCGCUGAGCCAGCUGCCGCUGAACCGAUCGAAACCGCCCAAACCGUUGAUCAUAUUACAGCCGCUUUAGCAUCUGUUGAGGCUGAUGAUGCUGCAAUGCGUAUCAACGCUGGUACACAUUUAUGCAUUAUUUGCUAUGAAGAUCCAUAUCAUCGCGUUGAGCCUGAAUAUAAAGCCCAUGCUACAGCGUGUGGGCAUAUUUUUUGCUUGCAGUGUAUUGAGAAA